AAGGCCUUCCGGUUCCUCCAAUAGAUCAGCUGACUCUGAUGCCGCUGUCAGGAGACUUCACGUACUGUAGGCGUAUUGAAUGGCAACUGUGAAAAUGAUCAAGCUUUAGAUACGCACAAAUAGAUAUAUUUAAACUAUAACCAGAUACAUUUAAUAUAGAGUCUGUUUGCUGGCUGCACCACUGCUGUAACCAUGACAGAGUUUUGGUUGAUCUCUGCACCUGGAGAGAAGACCUGUCAGCAAACAUGGGACAAAAUGACGGCAGCCACUACACGUCCCAACAACCUGUCUGCCAACCAUAAGUUCAGCAUCCCAGACCUCAAGGUCGGGACGCUAGAUGUCUUGGUCGGACUUUCUGAUGAACUGGCCAAAUUAGACUCCUUUGUUGAAAGUGUGGUGAAGAAGGUGGCUCAGUACAUGGCCGAUGUGCUGGAGGACAGCCGAGACAAAGUGCAAGAGAACCUGCUGGCAAAUGGAGUUGAUCUCGUCACCUAUAUUACAAGAUUUCAGUGGGACAUGGCUAAAUAUCCCAUCAAACAGUCUCUUAAAAACAUCUCUGAGAUAAUCUCAAAGCAAAUAACGCAGAUUGACAAUGACCUGAAGACCCGAGCAUCGGCUUACAACAACCUGAAAGGAAACCUGCAGAACUUGGAGAGGAAAAACGUGGGGAGCCUGCUCACUAGAAGCCUGGGUGACAUAGUCAAGAAGGAACACUUUGUGCUGGACUCUGAGUACCUUAUCACUCUGCUGGUAGUUGUACCAAAGGCGUCAUACAAUGACUGGGAGAAGACUUAUGAAACACUUGCAGAGAUGGUUGUGCCUAGAUCAUCCAAUCUGCUAUGUGAAGACCAAGACAGUGGACUGUUUAGUGUCACUCUAUUUAGAAAAGCCAUUGAUGACUUCAAGCACAAAGCCAGAGAAAACAAAUUCACAGUGAGAGAGUUUCAGUACAAUGAGGAAGAGAUGAGGGCAGACAAAGAGGAAAUGACACGGCUCUCCACAGAUAAGAAGAAACAGUUUGGGCCACUUGUCCGAUGGUUAAAAGUGAACUUCAGCGAAGCCUUCAUCGCGUGGAUCCACAUUAAAGCACUGAGGGUUUUUGUGGAAUCUGUUUUAAGGUACGGGCUGCCAGUCAAUUUUCAGGCCAUGCUGCUGCAACCAAACAAGAAGACCAUGAAGAAGCUGAGGGAGGUUCUCAAUGAUCUCUACAAACACCUGGACAGCAGUGCAGCAGCAAUCAUUGACUCUGCGAUGGACAUCCCAGGAUUGAACCUGAGCCAGCAAGAGUAUUAUCCCUACGUCUACUACAAGAUCGACUGCAACCUGUUGGACUUCAAAGUUUAACCCCUCCCCUGAUUUUAUGGUUUUGCUGAGUGUUGAUUAAGUUGUGUUUUUUUGCCACUCCCCAUUCCCCACUUUUUCCUCUCACUGUCUUCGCCCCAUGAGCUGCUUAAAUCGUAAUUUUGCAUGUUCAUUCCUUGUGGUGAAAAGGCUCAACAACAAGCUUUGUCCCACUUUGACAAACAAGGGACAAAAACAAAAAAGGAGACUUUUAAAUAUGAUAUUUGUUUACAGUUUAUUGUUCACAACUGUUGCUUUUUUUGAUGUAAAACAAUGAAAGUGAAUGAAAACAUGCUGGAUAGUUGUACAUUCCACGUGAGUUGAUUUGUAUUGCUGGCUACUGGACAUCAUCUGUGUCUGCGUUCAGAGAUUUCUAUUUACAUGAAAUUAAUAUUAUCCUGGUAACCAUGGGAACCAGAGGUGUUUCUCAGAUGGCCCCUGCAGAAACAUAUAAGAGCAUAUAUUGUGGUCCUAUGUUGUGUUGUGUGUAUAUGUGCUGUCAACAGGAUAUCUAUAUCAGAGUACUGUGUAAGCCACUGAUUGAAUAAAUAUGAGCAGUGUGUGUCAAUGUG